AUGGCGUUUAAGAGGCUGCUGUGGUCGAGUGUUGACGUCUCUGGCGCCCCUGGCAGCCGAUGUAAUAACAAGAAACUGUCAAAAACCGCUUUCCUUCAGAAGAUCAAACGAAGGGCGGGGGUCUGGGCUUUCCUCCUCCUCCUGAGCAUCUGUAUAUACAAUGUCAUCGUGUUCUGUGGUCUGCCUAGACUAUUGCCCUUGCCCAACAUCUCUCAGGGCAUUGCAGACCGCAGCGCUCUCGUGAAGUUCAUAGAUGAUGCCAUAUUUGGAGUGGCGCUUCCCCUGGUUCCCAGCCACGACCUAUUCGACCAAGCCGCAGUUAUUGUGGGCCCUUAUGGUCCCGUGAGGGCACCUUAUACAAGGAAGAUGGCCAUGUUGAUGCGAAGAAUUGUGCAAGACAUUUGGCUUGACAGAGAGCCUAAACAAACAAGCAACGACUUCUCCAUAAUCAUCAGCGCCAGAAACGAAGAGAAGUACAUUGUAAAGACUUUGGAAUUUUUGUUUAAGAACACCGACUAUAAGGCAAUAAGAGAAGUUAUCAUUGUGGACGACGCGAGCACCAAGCCCGUCAAGGAUUUGUUGAAUGCGGAUGCAUUGGAAGCUCGUGUUCUGGAUAAAAUUAAAGUCAUUCGCUUCGAUAAGCCUCAGGGCCUUAUACGGGCCCGCAUUUCUGGCGCGGAUUCUGCGUUGAGUGACAAUCUCUUCUUUCUGGAUGCGCACUGUAAACCCCGCGCUGGGUGGGAAUAUCCGCUGUUGCAGCACCUGAAGACGAAUUACAGGAGGGUGGCCUGUCCAGUCAUUUACGAUGUGAAGGAGCACAAUUGGGACGAUGUAGGCACACACGGCUCCAAGAUGAUGUUCGAAUGGACGUUUGAAUUUGGCUGGUUUGAAGACCUGGAAGAGGAGAUUCCUUUGAUGUCUGGUGGCAUACUGGCUAUGACGAAAGAGUGGUGGUUGGAAUCUGGGAAGUAUGAUCCGGGAAUGCUGGAAUGGGGAGGAGAGAACCUUGAGCAGUCGAUGCGGCUAUGGAUGUGCGGAGGCGAAAUCGUUGUAGACAGACGAUCUGAAAUAGGCCACAUCUUCUCCCGGCCUCCGAAGCCCAACCCAGGAAACCGGUUGGUCAUCCAGGUGCAGAAAAAUCAGAAACGUGCAGCGAAGGUGUGGUUGGACGAGUAUUACUACCUGUUUUACAAGUACCACCCUGAGGCUCGGCCUCAUCAGGAGGGCGACAUUACAUCACGACGCCUUCUGCGGUACGAACAUCUCACCUGCAUGCCUUUCCAGUGGUACGUGGACAAAUUUCGGCCCGCAUUUGAGCGGAACCUUCUCCUGGACCACGAUUUCAAACACAUCGAACACGGAAAUACAGGUUUGUGCCUCACAGCGGAUAGACGCACACAGGGGCAUGACCGAGUAAAACUCGAGCGCUGCGAUAUUUCCAACCGUGACCAGCAUUGGCAAGUGGUAAGUGGUAACCGGAUGCUUCAGAACCGGGGAGUCCGCAAGUGCUUGGACGCCGCGUCAUAUAAGGACCCUUCUCCCAUACUCUACAUGUGCGACUGGUCCGGCGUCAUCAGACGAGUAAACACCAACCAAUUCUGGCAGUGGGAUGCCAGCACAGGCAUCGACGACGUAGAGGCCACCGGCAGAAUCUUUGUCUAUGACGAGUACUGGAGUCAGUCUCUCACAGGCGCUGAUAUCUUCCCCCUACAGCGUAGCCACCUGGAGGGGCCUCAAGCCAAGUGUCUCGCGGCAGAGGAAACACAAGGAAGCCGGGGGCCUCUUGUCUUCAUAAGGCCCUGCCCAGGUGUGCAGACGGGCAGGGAGGACCCCAUGAGGUUUAUUCCAAAGUGGGUCCGGGCGCCUCUCUCCACACGAUUCGGAAAGAGAACACUGAACGACGCAGAAAAAGUCACAGACCAGGCAGCGUUAAACUACCUCAAGAGCAGCUUUUAA